UCAUUAAAUGACAUUGUCAUUACUAAUUGACAAACCGUCCAAUAAGGAUAGAUUUUUAUUGCUAAGUAUUAUGCAAUACUUAAAAUGGUUGAUUUAUGAAUAAUGGUGCAGUUCUAUAAUGAUUAACACAAUUAAUUUUAUACAAGGAAGUUCUUUGUCCAGGAGUGCCAGAGCUUCUCUCAGAUUUUCUCCCUCAGGCCUUAAUGUUAUAAAACUCAUGCCUGACGAGGAAAGACGAAAUAAAACUCCAAAUGGAUGCAAAAAUGUAGUAAAAAAUGUUUAUUAUUCUGGUAAUCUUCGAGCCGCUAUAGGACUCAAUGUAUGGACUCCUGUGUGCUUCCAAAAAGACUACCCACGUUUCCACCGGGAUUUGGAGUAUCCCAAUUUCGAUAAAUACAGAAAGGAACAAUUUAAAGACGUGAGAAAAACCGACUGGGGCGAAGGAGACAAGAAACCAGGUCACGUGUACGUGGUAGGGUUUUUUGGUUUACUCUGCGGUUCCUACGCACUUAAAUCCCAGGCCAUUCAUUACCUUACGUUCAUGGGCGCUGCAGCUGAUAUUAUUGCAAUGGCCACUAUAGAAGUCGACCUCACAAAAAUACCGCCUGGCGCCUGCCUUUCUUACAAAUGGCGCGGAAAGCCUUUGUUCGUGAAAAACAGAACAGCGGCUGAUAUUGAACUUGAAGCAAAAACUCCCUUGUCGUCAUUACGCGAUCCAGAGGCUCCCGAAGCCCGCAUGAUUAAGCAAGAAUGGCUCAUUGUUAUUGGAGUAUGCACUCAUUUAGGAUGUAUUCCCAUACCAAAUUCAGGUGACUGGUCUGGAGGGUUCUAUUGUCCCUGUCACGGCAGCCACUAUGACAAUGCAGGGAGAAGUCGUAAAGGCCCAGCGCCUACAAAUCUCGAAGUACCACCGUACAAAUUCCUUAGCGACACAGUUGUUUUAGUUGGAUGAGCAAGUGCGGAAUAUAUUCUUUGUUGUUAUUUUUACUGAAUUAUGAAAUAAAUAUGGCUAUCAUACUUGUUUUA